AUGGUCCCUGAGCUGGGCGCUGGGAGCAGUCACUGUCGCCACGGUGACACCCUUGUGUUUGGUUGGCAGGAUGAGACGGGGGCCUAUCUGAUUGACAGAGACCCCACCUACUUCGGUCCUAUCCUGAACUACCUCCGCCACGGGAAACUCAUCAUCACGAAGGAGCUGGCAGAAGAAGGUGUGCUGGAAGAGGCAGAGUUUUACAACAUCGCUUCUCUUGUGCGGCUGGUUAAGGAAAGGAUACGGGACAACGAGAACAGAACUUCCCAAGGCCCAGUGAAGCACGUGUACCGAGUCCUGCAGUGCCAAGAAGAGGAGCUGACCCAGAUGGUCUCCACUAUGUCUGAUGGCUGGAAAUUCGAGCAGCUCAUCAACAUCGGGUCUUCCUAUAACUACGGGAAUGAGGACCAGGCGGAAUUCCUCUGUGUCGUCUCCAGAGAACUAAAUAACUCCACCAACGGCAUCGUCAUCGAGCCCAGUGAAAAGGCAAAGAUUCUUCAGGAGCGAGGAUCUCGGAUGUAAACGCCAGAAUCCUAGACAUGGAGAGAGCGCCCCGGCAGAGCACCUCUUGAAGUUCAGUCUCACUCCUGUACAGUAACAGCUGCAAAGCAAAGCUGAGCCUGGCCCCCGUGGAGUGUGUUCUGGUCAAACCAAAGGACCCCCACCCCAGCCACAGGAACUGAACGCAGAUGGAGCUUCGGCUGCAGCGCACCUUCUCAGAACCCUGCUCUGUGUUCCUCGCCAGUGUUACAGCAGCCUUACGGCCGCAUCUGGGCUGGGUUUCCAGUUGGGACCUGGGCCGGGGAGGGGAGAGGAAGGCCUGCUCUUGGCCGGGCCUGUGCUUCCGGGAAGCCAGAGCAGUGAGCAGACUGUCCCUGAGCUGUGCCGGGCUUUCACCUGCGUGUGCCGAGGUGGGCGCUGGCACCGGCCGCUCUGUAACACUAUCCUCCCUUCCUUCGAUGCACCGCAUACUAAUGUAGCAGACGCAGAGGAGUCUAGCUCCCAUUUGUCGAACUGAAUUGAGGGUUUUGAUGAAGGAGAGAGUACCCCACAUUCCUAUGAACUAAGCCUCUUUGAGGAAAGGGAGGAUGAGGCGUCCUUGCUUGUGGUUGGAGGCUGGGGAGUGCUGCUCGGGGUUUGGGCCGUUCAGCUGCUGCCACAGUCAGCUUUGCCCCAUUUGUCUCCAGGGCCGUCCAGGCGGCUUGCUUUCUUGCCAAGGGAGAGGGUGGAGCAGGCAGCAUUCUGCACUGAAUGGGACAGGCAGAUGGGAGCUGGAGGUAGUUGGUGUCACUGCUUCUGCAGCCUUCUCUUACCCUUGGUCCCUCUUCCUUCCUGGACUUUUUAAACUGGGCUAAAGGGACUUUGGACCCCCCUGGUGGCUUGAGCGGGGAUGGCUGUUUCUUUAAGAGUUGCCAAAUGUGUCCUGUUACGGUGUCCAAAGUGUUAUUUCUGUGAUUGUCUCCUGGAAAUGCCUUGACUGAACAUGUAAUAUUUGUUUGUGUCUCUCUUGGUCUCUCACUUUGGCAGCCCUGUCCGUGACCCACACCUUCCCGCUAGUGUGUAUGCGUUUGCUGGGCCGUCUGAGGGCUCUCCCUGUCCCUGACCCGCCCGCACCGUCACUGCUUUCUAUGGAGGGCCAUGCCCUUGACCAAACGCUUGUUUGCCCUGGGGGAGCAGAGCUGUGGCCGCAGAGCUGGUACCGGACCUUCUCUCAGCUUUGAGUCUGAGAGCAGCUGUGAAUGCAUGGGGGCCGGGAAGCCUCGUCUUUCCCGAUGGCUCCCAGAGUGUGGCAGGUGGGCCAGAGAAGGGGAAGGCGCCUCGCGAACACGCCAUCUGUAAGCCACCUCCAGCCCGUCGCUUCCGGUUCUUCAGAGCUGAGGGUCCCUCCGCUCCGCAGCUCACCUGCUUGCUAGGGGGCCUGGGGUCGUAAUUUUUGGAUGUGAGUAUAGACUGUGCCAAGUGUCUUUUGAGCUUGUGACCUGCGCAUGCCCAGAAUUCUCACUUUGACCUUAUUUCUCUGUGUAAAGUAGGAUAGACAUGUGUCUGCCAACAGACAAGGCUGCACGCCAGCCUGAGGUGCACAUUGGCACCUCAGAAGCCUGGCAGGUGCCCAGGAUUUUUACAGCUGUGACAUGUCGAGGAACUUCUGCCUACAGUAAAAGCCGUCACCUUUCAGAAAGGUUGUAGGCAUCCAUCCUGUCAUCUGUCGGGAGGGGGGAAAAAAAGGUUUAAAUGUGUCAGGGAAAAGCGGCUCUGACAGGACAGAGGACUGGAGGAGGUGCUGUUUGGACAACUGGCAUAAGGAACCUCAAAUGGACGCGCCCAAGGAGACGUGCUUUCCUGGGCACUGGGCACGCUGAUGACCAGCCUGGUCCCAGGCCACGAGGAUGAGGAGGCGGGAGGCAGGCACGGCGAGCCCUCGGGAUGCAUUUCUCCUCGCACAAACCCACAGCGGGGCUGUAAGAGGACUGCCGAGCCCCUGCUCUGCUCUGAGACGCAGGCCUAAGUGGUAUCUCUUAUCUCCUGGAGGGCUGGCUUUCACCCAGCGUUCCUCCUGGCGGCCCAGGGACCCUCUAAUGGUUCCAGUGCUCCAGAAAUCUCAGAUGAUUUGUAUCGUAAGGUUUCUGAAAAGUAUUGAACCCAAACCCUUUAUGAGCCAAGGAGUAUUUUUCUUAAAAGCCUCCCCCCGGUAGAGUCUGGCUAAUUCAGAGAGAGAGCUGGCCUUUGGCUUGGGGGUGUCACAUGACCAGUGACGCAUCCUCUCCAGCUUCCCAGUGCUGCCGAGCGGGGAGCGUCUGCCUGCUUCAUUCUCCGCCCAGGUCUGUGGCCGCAGGCCAUGCAGGUCAGGCCCAGGGGGCAGCCGGCGUCCGAAUGACAGUCGUGGGCUUGUCGUGGCCUCAGAACCUGCUGUGUACCUUGGCAGUGAAGUGGGCCAGUCCCUCCAGAAUGACUUCGUUCCUGCAGUCGCGGCUGAUCUCAGGGGCGUCGGGAGGAAGGGACAGCUGCUGAGGGGGUAGGGCUGAGAGGACACCCGCACCCUGCAGCGUGGCCUUCCAUCCAGACGUUAGGGACCAUGCCCGUCACCUGUGGGUGCCCUUUAUGACUGAGUGUUUGAAGAGUCCGAAAUGGUGUGACCUCGUUUUUUCUUUUGGUCAAUAAACACAUGAAAUGAACUGCUGAA